GGGCAGUCGGAGCUGCUCCUGCGCUUCACCUGUUUCCUAGAGAGAUACCGGAGCGCCAAGUUCAGCCUGGCGGCUCACCUGCUCUGCUGGGCUCUGCUCAGAUGGUACCAGAAACUCAGAUUCCAGCCUGCUCCUCUACAGCCUCAGGAAGCCCACGAAGGCUCCCCCCACCUCUCUGAAGGAUUAGGCCUAGCAGAGCGGGAUUUUGGUCCUGACACCCUGGCAUUAUGUGAGAGAGACAUAGGAGGCUGUGACGCAUCUGAUAAGCAUUUUGACUCCCACUCAUGGCAUAGCAACACCCUGUCAAAUUUGGGCCCAGACAGGGAGGACUCUGCGGACGCCCUGCUGGGGCUGGAGGAGGCCUAUGCUGAGCAGCCAGCAACAGGCAGUGGCUUCCACACUGGGCAGAGUAAGACCCAAAGGAGAGAGUCAGUGACAGUCAAGGACAGCCACAACCAUGUCUCAGAGACUCAUGUUGAACAUUCCAGCUGCAGCAGGAGGAAAGGCCCACAGAACCACCUGAACCCUACUAUUCCUGUUGAGAGCCAAACCCACUCAAUUACAGAGGAAUUAAAAUUCAACUUGAAACAAGGACAUUCCAGUUCUGUUUGCACAGAAACUCAAGUCAAGGGCAGCACGCAGCCAUACAGUUUACAUAAUCAAAGCCAACACAAUACAGACAUCUUUGACAUAAAGAUAAACACUCCACCAGACACUCAGGAAGUGAAGCAGCAUGCACAGCUAGAAAAAAGCAAUCCCAUCAGUCUGAAUGAAUCAGCAGAGUCAGAAAGAUGCAGGAUACAUAUAGAUGCCCCAGAGGACAAAACUCUAGAGACGCACCAGCAAGAAAAAAUAGAAAUCUGUGAUUUUCAGAAUGAGGAAGUACAGGAUAUUGAACUACUCAGCACUUACUUUGUAGAGAAGAACACAGGUUUAAAUAGAUACAGUGAAAUUAUUGACAGACAUCCCAGCCAGGGAAAAUGUUUAGCACACCAGAGCAUAAAUAAAGAAGACAAAGAAAUACAGGGUAUAAAAGUGCACAGCAAGGACAAAAGGGACAUAUGUGAGAGUGUGGGGACAUAUUGCAAUCGAAGACAUCAUGAAACAUUUCACAAAAUAGCAAUUAACUGUAAAGACAGCACAUGCAUAGCUGAUUCACAUUUCACUGAUGUAAUAAAUGCUCAAAAAUCAGACAUUAUCUGGACACCAGCACACUCUACGUCUGAAGCAAAAUGCACAGAAUCUCAGUUAAUUACAGAAAUUGUUGUAGCAAGUCCAAACAUCACAGAAGCACAUGACACAAAGACUAAUUUUGCAUCACAUAAUGCAAAGCUAGAGCACAGAGACACAGAGAUUUGCUGUUCACAAACUGAGUGUGAGGACAGCUCCAACACAGGGCUGUCAGAGAUCCACCUUCAAGUUUGUAAUAAUGUAACAACAUCCCAGGACACGGCAAGGGUGUUGGGUGUCUGCUUCCAGUUGGAACAGUGCGAGUGUUUUGGUGCUACAACAGAAGGGACUAAACCACCUGGGACAGUAAAUAAAAUCUGUUCCUCAAUCUCCACAGAAACCACAACCUCCUUUUCACUGGAUACCUGUGCUAGUGAGCUGACUGUGGUUUCUGAACAAGCCUCAGCUGUCCCAGAGGUCUCUGGGAGGCAGCUAGAUCAAACACAACCCGAGAGUGCAAGGUUACAACUAUGGCAAGUUCCAGGUCAAACUCAGGAUUUAAUCUAUAAUCACUUGGAUCAAAGGCAUUCAGCGGUAGAAAAUCCCAGUCAUAGGCAGCUCUAUUGUGUGGACACGUUUUUGGAGAGGGACCGGUCACACUGUGUAGACUCAGCUCACAUCCAAUCUGACACUGAUAAAGGGUCUGGGGAAUGUGUGCCUCCUCACCCAUUCUUGAAUAACCUGCUGUUUUUAUCUGGCAACCAAGGAGCAGAGUAUACCUCCCCUCUGUUAUCAGAGGAGCUUCAAGGAGAGAGGGGGAGGGUAGAUUCACCCUGCUCCUGUCUCCAGCAGAACAAGGAAUGGGAGGGGGAAGCCAGUUGUGUCUGUCUUAACCAGGAACAAAGUAUGGAAGCAAAAAGCAAAGUCAGUCUUCCACAAUCGCAACUUGGCACAACAGAGCUUUCUGAGAACAGUCAGGUGACAGGUAUUCCCAGAGCAAUUACUAGUGAGUCUGAUGGCUACUUCUUUGCUCAGCAUGUGCCUAGUAACAUAGGAAAACCAUUAACAUGUCCAGCUGGUACUGGGUCCAUUAAGGACAGUAGCCAAGAACAUCCUGGUGUAGCUGAAAAGACCAUUCACCCAGCAAUACAAACCCCUGUCAACACAAUUUCUAGUCAGUUUAAACAAGUUCAGCUGGAUCUGCCCUCAAACUCUAACCAUAAUAUCACAGCCAUUAUAAAAGGGGUGGGGAGAGUAAGGGGUGUAGGUAGUUCCCCCCUGAUUGAGCCAUCAACAAAUGUAACUCUUGACUUUUUAGAAGAUAUAGAGAAGCCUGAGGAAGAUUCUGCAGUGUCCUCACCUUCACUGUAUCACAGACCCAGCUGGAGCAGUGAGGACUUUCAGCCUGUGCUAUGGAAAGAGCUUGACAGCCACUGCCAUUUGAGCCUGAAUGAACUAGAAAAACUAAAGACAGAGAAAAGUCAGGAGUUCAACUGUUCUCAGAAAGACUCAGAAAGAAAUGAAGGCCUUAAGCCAAUAAGUUCAUUUAAAGAGGAGAAGAAACCAGUAGAUCACAACUUACAUAACAGAAGAAGACACAGCUUAUCUGACUCACUGGAGGAAUAUUUUCUUGCUGAGAAGGGCAGAGGGGAAACACAGAUCAGCUUGCCAGCUCCUGAUGUCAGCCUCAACCUGCUCACUGUCCGAAGUUUAGAGACAAGUAAGAAGGCUGAGCAUGCACUGGAGAACUGUGGCACAAUAGAGGAUGAUUUAAAUAUAGAAACAAAAACACAAUAUGAGAUAAUGAGGCCUGCUGAGGAAGUCAGGGAUAUUGAUAACCUUUCAGGACACAUUUCCAGUUCCAAGAGUCCACACCAUGAGACAGAGCUGAAAGAAAUAUAUGUAACCACUGCUAAGUUAGAACCUGAAGUGAACACAGCUACCCCUGUCCUAUGCAGUAGUAGCAAACAGCACAGUAGACCUCUGACUGUUGCCUGUGAUGCUAUGUCUUACUCCUCAGCUAGCAGCACCUGUAGCGAGGAUUCUCAUUUAGCAGUUUCAGACAGAAAUGCCAAAUGUGACAAACUGAUCAAAAGAAGCAAAACAAAAGGCAACCAGACAGAAAAUAAAGGCUCUAAAUUUUCAGUUUUUGCUAAAAUACCAUCUUUUAGGAGAACAAAGGGCUCAAAAGGUGCCAAAAGUGAGGAGGUAACUCAGGAGUCAUCUGUUGGUAAAGGUGAGGGUCCUCUGACAGAACCAGGGCCACAAAAGUACAAUUCAUAUGAUGAGGUUUUUGUCAAAGAUGACACCCUCAACCAAACAGUCCACCAAGCGUUUUCCCCAGUGCAUAAUGAGACUGACGAAAAGGACUGUGGCUUUUUCCUCUCUACGCCCCUCACUCGCCAUGAUAGUCAAGGGAGUAGUGAUGUGGGUAAUGAAGGAUUAAGCUCAGAUAAGACUCUUCUUAGGCAAGGUCAGUUACCUAAUGGGCAAACCUGCAAGAUGGGCAAGAGCAAUGACAGUUUAAACAUCUUCAUGCGCUUCUCACAAGCUCACAAGUCCCUUUCCGGCUUAUUUGAGUCCCGUUCAAUGGAAAAGGAGAAUGAGGAGCAGGUCACUGCUUCUAGCAAAGUCAAACAGUCCUUGAGGAAACCAAGAAAGACCAAGGAGGCAGAACUGCUGAAAAGAACCUUUUCAAUGCCAGCUGGGGAAUGUAGCAACAUGGCUUCUGGGCAGGACACUGGGGACUUGUUGUGCUUUCCAUUCCCAGACAAGAUAAGCAAUCCAGGGUCACCAUCCUCCCUCAGAGCCCUCUGUUACACUGAUCCCAUCCCCAAGCGGGGAGUUCCACAAAGGAGCAGAAAGCAAAACCCUCAUGGCUGCAAAUCAGAGGGCCAGAGAAGAAAAGGUUCAACAAAUGAUCUGCCUGCCAUACUGUGUGUAUCUGGCCUACCUCCAUAUUCAGAUGACUCUGCAGUCACCAGCCCUAUUUCCUGCUCACUAGCCACUUUUACUCAUCAGCCUUACUCAUUGCCUUCCUGGACUAGGUCCCACCCAGUAGCUAGUGAGGGCUUGUCUGAGAGCCCCCUACGACCAAUGAGCCCCAAACCUAACAGCCCUAGGUCAGUGCCUCAGUGCAGACAUUUACGUUGCCCUCAUUCAUCAAGGACCAAUUCUGUGUGCCCCAUUCCUCCGGGUCAGUCAGUCAGUGCGGAGGGAUUGGCAGACCCCCCUGAGAGACCUAAGACCCUAAAACCUUCAACUAGCCCUCUGGGCGUCAGCUUCAGCCCUAUGGAUGCAACUGAGAGCAGAUUAGACAGCCAGUCACACAUGAGCCUGUAUGCCAUUGACUUCACGAAUGAAUUAGAGGGCCCACCAAACGGCGGUCAGCCUGUCAGCCAGUCCAGAACAAGACAGCUGUUGGAGCUGAAGGGCGAGUGGAAGGCCUCUUUGGUUCUCAGCAGACUGAGGUCUGGCUGCUGGGUGAAUGUGCGCCAGCAGCGAAGGCGAAAGUGUUCCGAUGACCUCUGGAUUGAAGAGCUAAAGAAAUUUAAAUGCAAACUGGCCAGGACAAUCAGGAGCCUUGGGCACCAACGCAACAUAGUGAUAUUUGAAGAGAUGGGCAAAACAGAUGCAGGGGUCACGCUGGGGCCCAUCACGGUCUUCCGGGGGGUGCCCCUUAAGGCCCACUGCUUCUCUCAGAGCACCCCCAUUGGUCUUGACUGCCUGGGAUGGAGAGGACAUAUUUCCUACUCUUCUGUGGUUAUUCCUGACGGGGCGUCGGAGAAGGCAGGGAUUGGAGAUGAGCUGGGCAGUGAAGAGGAUCUGCUGUACGAGGAGUUUCGCACUUCUGGGCAUCGUUUCGGACACCCAGGAGGAGGCGGAGGGGAGCAGCUAGCCAUCAAUGAGCUGAUCAGUGAUGGCAGUGUGGUGUACGCUGAGGCGCUCUGGGACCAUGUCACCAUGGACGACCAGGAGCUCGGCUUCAAGGCUGGUGACGUCAUCGAAGUAGUGGAUGCCACCAACAAGGAGUGGUGGUGGGGUCGCAUCAUGGACAGCGAGGGCUGGUUCCCUGCUAGCUUUGUGCGGUUGCGUGUCAACCAGGACGAGCCCAUGGAGGAGUAUCUGGCCCACCUGGAGGAGGCGCAGACUCGAGAGGAGGACCGAGCAGGCCUGGGCUUAUUGUUGGGACCUGGUUUACCCUGCAAAGAGCAAAUGAGGAGCAAUGUCAUCAAUGAGAUCAUGAGCACAGAGAGAGACUACAUCAAGCACCUGAAAGACAUCUGUGAGGGUUACAUCAAACAGUGCCGCAAGAGGACAGACAUGUUCACCGAAGAGCAGCUUCGCACCAUCUUUGGCAACAUUGAAGACAUCUACCGAUUCCAGAGGAAGUUUCUGAAAGGCCUGGAGAAAAAGUUCAACAAGGAGCAGCCGCAUCUCAGCGAAAUUGGCUGCUGCUUUCUCGAGCAUCAAACAGAUUUCCAGAUCUAUUCUGAGUAUUGCAACAAUCACCCCAACGCCUGCGUGCAGAUCUCUAAGCUGAUGAAAGUCAACAAGUAUGUGUUCUUCUUCGAGGCCUGUCGACUGCUCCAGAAGAUGAUCGACAUUUCCUUGGACGGCUUCCUGCUCACUCCAGUUCAGAAGAUCUGCAAGUACCCACUGCAGCUUGCUGAGCUGCUCAAAUACACCAACCCACAGCACAGAGACUACAGAGAUGUGGAGGCGGCCUUAAACGCCAUGAAAAACGUGGCCAGGCUGAUCAAUGAGAAAAAACGGCGCCUUGAGAACAUCGACAAGAUAGCCCAUUGGCAGAGCUCCAUAGAGGACUGGGAGGGUGAGGACGUUCUCAGCAGAAGCUCUGAGCUCAUCUUUUCAGGUGAGCUGACGAAGCUGUCCCAGCCUCAGGCCAAGAGUCAGCAGAGAAUGUUCUUCCUCUUUGACCAUCAGAUGGUGUACUGCAAAAAGGACCUCCUGCGCCGGGACAUGCUGUAUUACAAGGGUCGCAUGGACAUGGACUACAUGGAGGUGAUAGACGUGGAGGAUGGCAAGGAGAAGGACUUCAACGUUAGUGUGAAGAAUGCCCUGAAGCUGCGCUCACUGGCUGGUGAUAAGGUCCACCUCCUGUGUGCCAAGAAGCCAGAGCAGAAACAGCGUUGGCUUCGAGCCUUCACUGACGAGAGGAGGCAGGUCCAACACGACCGCGAGACAGGCUUUUCUCUCACUGAGGUCCAGAAGAAACAGGCCAUGCUGAAUGCUUGCAAAAGCUAUCCAGCUGGGAAACCCAAAGUGGUGACCAGACCCUACUACGACUUCCUCCUGCGACAGAAACACCCCUCCCUCCCCACCGCUUUGCCCCAGCAGCAAGUCUUCAUGCUGGCUGAGCCGAAGCGCAAAACCUCCACCUUCUGGCACAACAUUGGCAGACUGACACCCUUCAAGAAAUAAAAAAGUGAAAACGAAAAAGAAAAUAAAAAAAAGCUGUGAAGAGAAGGAACAGGAGGAGAAAGAGAAGAGCUCUCUGCUCGUGCCUGAAUAGACCCAUUUUUAACUGUUCUUCUCUUUUCUUUCCUACUCAUAACAUUGCCCUAACUGAUAUAUAGUAGUGAUUUAUUGUAAACAUGACGAUGAUUAUAAUGGGGAGAUUAUUUUUCGAAGCACUUUAUAGGUUGGUUAACAAUCAGACUAGAAUGGUCUCCCUGAGACACUGAGUAAAACAGUGAAAGUGGACUUUUCUUUUACCACUAUACCUUCAACAAAGUGCAGAUUGGUACUAAUACGACUACUGUACUGAUGCAAGUGAGCGUGGGACUCCUGACUGUGCUGCCUCUGUGAAGACGUUGCCUGUCAACAAAGCCGUGUCAUUCAUUUUCACUGUUCUAUUUUAUUUGACAGAUGCCAGUUGUUCACAGUGCAAGAUGGUUUGUUUUUGUAUUUGUUUAUUCUAUGUCAGCUUGUGAAAAAAAUGGAGAACUGAGCUGGGCCAGCAGUGACUGGUAAACUUCUUGUCCUCCUCUGUGUGCAAAUAUAUAAUUUCCGAAUCAUUUCAGGUGGGGUUUUUUAAGUGGUUUGUGAUCUCCAUCCCCCGGGAUUUGGUCAUGCAUUUCUCUGGUACAUUUGUGGUUUUGUGAUUGAUAUUUGAACACUUGAUAAAAGGCAUAAAAGGUAGCCAAAAGAAAGUCAGCAGAGAUUAAGGGUUUUUUGAUUUGAACAAACAGCAGUGAUGCACACACUCCAGCAACACGAAAGUCUGACCCUCGACUCUGCAUUCGUAAAAUUACAACCUGCUCAUUUUGCUUUCUUUUUGUAAGUUCUGUUUGAAAUGCAUCAUGGAUGACUUAUAAUGACAUGCAUGGAUGUGAUGAACAAAAUUACUGUGAACAAUUUUUUAUAUAUAUAUAUGAAGAACCCUGCUAUAUUUAGUCAGAUUCGGGAGGUUUCAUAGUGCUAUAGGUUGACAGCAUCACACACACACACAGAGAGAGCUUCUGUGCACCUGUACUUCUGAUCACCAGUAUUCCUGCUCUGUGAACCUGGUCUCCGGUAUAAUCUCAUUUCAGAACAAUGCAUCCCAGUGAUAUCACCCUGUAAGUGCAUUCACUGAAAUGUACUCCUUUUACCUUUAUGUUCAAAUGUUUUAGCUUCUGACAACAUGGAAUAUUAAACCUUCCUAAGCUGA